UCCUACGUAGCUAUGACGUUUUUUCCACUGCAAAACCGCGCGUCCUGUGUUCAGCUGUACUGACAGACUAAUGUGGCUCAGCAGACAUUGGUGUCAGAUACAGACUAGGAAGGAAUAAAAGGAAACAACAGAUCGGCUGGAAAAGCAAUAGUUUCUGUCCUUCAAAAUGAGUGACGACACAGACUCCCCUCCUGAGAGGGAAAUGAAGGACUUUCAGUUUCGUCAGAUGAAGAAAGCAAGGGUUUUUGAGCCCGCUGGAGAUUUGCCAAAAGAAAGAUCUAGCCUGCUUACCAUCUCAAACAAAUUUGGUUUAACUUUUGUUGGGCUCGACAGAACACUCAAAGUUUACCUAACUCAAGAUAUUCUGGCUGCUGAUAAAGUUGACGGACACUCCGGCGAAAUAGUCGAGGGGAUAGCAGCAUUGGCGGAGGUGACUGUGGAACUGGUUCUGCACCACUUGGCUCUCAGUUGUGAUGAACUUACUUUGUCAGUAUGUGGCAUAUCUGAGGAGGCGGGUUUGUCCCUCACAUUCUAUGAUGUCCGCACCUUCAUGAACAAGGCAAGACCACAGAAGUUACCUUUUACCUCACUGCUGCCAGCAGUAACCCCUGGCACUUUAGUGCAGGACCUGAAGUGGAAUCCUGCUCUAGCAUCCAUGUUGGCUGCCUGUCUGUCUGAUGGCAGUAUGAUGAUUUUGGAUGUUACUGACGGUGUCAAAGUGCAGGCCAAUCUACCUGCUUCAAGUGGCAUCACAUGCAUUUGCUGGAGUCCAAAAGGAAAACAAGUCGCUGCAGGAAAAAUGAAUGCCACAGUCAGUCAGUAUACACCGGCAUUAGAAGAAAAGAAAGUUAUCCCAUGUCCACACUUCUACACCUCUGACGACCCUGUCAAAGUUCUGGAUGUGCUGUGGCUGAGAACCUUUGUGUUUGCAGUGGUAUAUGCUGCUGCAGAUGGGUCCCUUGAGACCCCUCCUGAGCUAGUGUUGAUCUCCAUCCCUAAGAAGGAUGAGAAGGUGGAGACAAAGUAUGUGAACUUCAGUGACACAGUGUACGGCAGUUGCACUGAGCGACAACACCACUACUUUCUUAGCCACGUAGAGGACUGGGACCUUGUGUUUGCGGCAUCAGCAGCUUCGAUUGAAGUCAGCAUCAUAGCCAGACAGGAGGACAAGAUCUGGGAGCUUUGGAUCCUGGAGGAUGCAAGUAGGGCUGAGCUUCCAGUGACCAAGACAAAUGACGACACUUUUCCCCUUGGCCUAGCCAUAGACUUCACCAGCCAGCAGGAGAUCCACAUCACUGAUGAGAAGACCUUGCCCCCAGCGCCCAUUAUGCUAAUGCUAUCCACGGAGGGAUUACUCUGCCCAUUUGCUCUGCUCAACCUCAAUCCCGGGGUUAAGCAACUGGUCUCAGCCUCCACUACCCUUGCCUUGGAGGGGGAGAGACUGCCCAAGCAAGGUUCUUUGGCAUCCCAACCACCCAAAAUUGCUGCCUCCAUCCCAUCUGCCGCAACAACAUUCCCAAACCUCGGUCUUACUUCAGCAGCUGCCUCCACUCCUCCAGCCCCUGCUGCAUCUUCCCCCGCUGCCCCAUUCAGCAUUGCUCCCACAGCUCCUGUGUCGUCGACAUCAUCAUCCGGCUUCACUUUCUCUGUCCCAACCACAAACUCCACCUCUGCCCCUUCAGCUUUCUCUCUGGGGGUACCCACACCUUUUGGCUUCUCCUUUGCCUCCAAACCUCCCUCUGACACCCCCUCAGCACCAUCAGCAUUUUCUUUCACCCCUUCCAUCAAACCACCAGCGGUGGCAGCUCCAGUUCCAACACCCCAGAGCCUUGCUGCUGCAUCUUCACCAACGGUGAAACUGAAUCUAAAUGAGAGGUUUUCAGCACUGGAGACCUCAGGACCAACCCCACAGUCUUUCUCCUUCAAUUCCUCACUGCCCAAAACGGUUGUCUCAAAUUCCAGUACUUUAACCGCGCCUCCACUCUCAGCCACUAAGCCACCAGCUGUAUUAGCCCCGGUACGUCCAGUUCAAACCAGCACACCGCCCACAGUCGUCCAGAAACCUGCACCUGCUGCCCAGGGCCGUGUCCAGACGCCACAGGCAGCUGUUAGUGUGAAGGCCCUGGAGAAGCAGCUACAGCAAAAGAAAGACUCUGAUCCCAUUAUGGCUGGUAUAUUGGAGGAGAUUGCACACUUCCAGAAGGAGUUAGAUGACCUUAAGGCACGAAGUGCAAGAGCUGACUUCAAGGUUGGCACCAGUGAGGAGAUGAAGGAGUUGAGGAAGGAGUCAGAGGACCUCCAUAUUUUCACCCUGGAGAUCAAGGAAACUACAGAGUCUCUCCAUGGGGACAUUGGUACACUGAAGACCACCCUACUGGAGGGUUUUGCUGGGGCAGAAGAAGCCAAGGCCCAGAGUGAACUGAGCAGAGACAGAAAUUACAGACAGCUGCUGUACAAAAAACCUCUGGACCCACGCAGUGAGGAGCACCUCAAGGAGAUUCGCAGGCUGUACCAGUAUGUUAUGUUUGCUGUGGAAGAUGUUAAUGACGUGUUGGAUGUGGAAUGGGAGAAACACCUGGAGAAGAAGAAAAAGCAGAAACACAUGGUCGUGCCAGGGCGUGAGGGUCUGUUCACUACACUGGCCAACAACCUGUACAUUAUCAACCAGCAGAAGAACAGAUUGGACCAGUUGGUUAAGGAACUCACUUCACUGCGCCUCUACAACAAGACUACCACUCCAACUAUAAACCGCAAUACUGUAACAGCAACCAAUGCUGGUUUGGAAAGCGAGCUUGAGAGUUUAAGGGAUGCACUCCUGAAAGCCAGACUGGACACCACCCCUUCUAAGACCAAAUCCAAAUCUCCAGCAGUUAAGAUAUCACCAGUGAAACAGUCCCAGCUGCGUAACUUCCUCUCAAAGGGACAGAUGCCUCCUGUCCGCUCAACUGCACCAGCCAACCUAUCUCGCUCAGCCUUCCUUUCACCUAAAUAUUAUGAGGACUUCGAUGAUGUGAGCUCUGCGUCCUCCCUGGAGCCUCACCCGGCUCACUUGGAGCUGGAGGACGAGGAGGAACUACAGCCAGAACCCCUUCCCCUUGUCAUUCCUCCAGCAUUGUCCACCCCCCGCCACCCCACAGUCGUGAGGACCCCCUCUAUCCAGCCAGGCUUCGGGGCCAUCCAGUCCACCCCUUUACCCAAAAUUCACUCAGUACAGGGUAUGGGCUUUGGACUCAGCCCUAUUGCCAGCCCUGUUCCAACCAAUAAGAUCAACCUCAGCGGGGCUGAUAGCACUGCCCUUGCCACCAAGACAGUAAAACAUGGAGCCCCACCAACUGAGAGGACCAUCCCUGUCACCAUCCCAGCCCAGCAGGCUGCAGCCACUGCUGCUUUACGCAGGCAUAUGGCCAAUCAGAAAACAGCUGUCGUCAGUACUUCCUUGACAGAGUCCACUUUGAAGACUGUUCCUCAGGUGGUCAAUGUCCAGGAGCUCAAGGACAAAGGGCCACCUGUGCCAGUUUCCAAUAUCAUCAGCUCAUCAGUACCAGAUCCUGCAACUCAGGUCUUUGCAACAGUUUCUUCCAACCAGGCCAAACGAAAUCCUACCCAAGGUAUCCAGAAGAUGUCCACUGAAAGUACAACCACCUCACAGGGAGGCUUCAUGUUUGGUCAGUCGUCCAAAACAGAUGUUUCUGUGGCUCCUGCUAGCUCAGCAGAGCAAAGCACCAGCAAAGGUUUCUCCUUCACAUCAGGGCCCACAGGCUUCAGUUUUGCUUCCGUUACACAGGGAGCUGGAAUGUCACAAGUGAAGGAUGUUAAUAAAUUUUCGUUUGGUGGAAAUGGCAAGAUGAUGUUUGGCCAGACUGGAGAGGAGCCAUUCCCCCUCACCCCAAAGUCUGCCUCCCCUGCUCUUGGCACUGGGUCUCCCACCCUGCCUCCAAACACAUCAGGAGACAAACCCACCUCCACCACAACUGCCCUCAAGAUAGAGCCACAGCCCCCUAAGACAAUUGGAGGAGAGACUCUGGGCAGUUUCUCUGGGCUACGUGUGGGCCAAGGAGAAGAAGCUAAUGAUUCAUCCACUAAACCUGCUGCUGCCUCAUUUGCCUUUGGGGAAACUGGACUUGGUAUGGCCAAGGGAGCAGCACAGUUUAGCUUUGGUGCAGGGCUCCAGAAGUCUGCAGAAGAUUCUACAGGAGCAGACUUGUCCAAGGGGGCAGGGUCAGGCAGUUUGUUCAAGCCUCCUGAAUCGAACCCCAAGCCGGCAUUCUCUGUUCCCCAGUCUAGCUCAACUGCCUCAGCUUUACCUACGUCUUUCAGUAGUCUUCUUGUAGCUUCUUCAGAUUCCUCAGAGGAACCAAAAGCUCCCCCACAACCUUCAGAGCCCACACCACCCCCUGAAAAAGAACCUGCUACUGAACCAGCCGUAGAGAGCACCGGUCCUCUAGUAAUACCUGAGCCUGCAGCGGAUGCAGAAGCCACAUCAGCCACAGUUACAGCACCAACACCCGCACCUCCUAUCGCCACAACUGCACCUAUCCCAGACCCUCCCUCCUCCAUCACCGCACCACCUGAAUCAACCCCUCCAACACCAUCCAGUGCGGCUCCCACAAUAGAAGCCACCCCAGACAGCACCACCACCACUGCUCCUGUGCCCACUUCAGCUGCUUCCACCCCUGCUGUAGCACCUGUCUCCCAGGUAGCUCCAGCAGCAUUCCAGGUGCCCAGUUCUGACAAACCAGGUUCUAUUUUUACUCAGCCUGCCCCUGCAACAACAGACAACAGUUCCCUCGAGGUUACUCCAGUUAUCAGCACAGUUGCCCCUGCAGCCACCACUCCCACCUCUACUGUUAACAGUACAACAACUACUGCUGCUAGCAUAGUGUUUGGGCAACCCGCUGCACCUCCAGCUUCCUCAGCACCCUCAGCCCCUUCAGCCCCAGUAUCCACAGAAUUUGGCUCAACUGGGUUUGGUGUAUCAACUGGAACUGGUUUUUGCAAAUCUGUAUUUGGCCAGGUGAGUGGCUUUGGCCAGCCUGCCAGCAACACUGGAACAGCCAGUGGCUUUUCUUUUUGCCAAUCAGCAUUUGGCGCAACUUCUAACAGUGCAACUACUGGAGGAAGUCUUUUUGGUGCUUCUACUGCUAGCAAUUCCAGUUCCUUCUCCUUUGGCACAAGCAGUGCCAACACGGCCAGCAGCACUGGCUCAGGGCUGUUUGGACAAAGCACAGCACCAGCAUUUGGCCAGAGUUCUGGAUUUGGGCCUGUGUUUGGGAGUAACACCACCACAUCCUCAUCUACAGGAUUCAACUUUGGACAGCCCUCAGGUGAGUCUUUUGGCUGCUCUUCAGCCACUUCUGUGUUUGGCCAACAACCUGGAAGUGGGAGUGUAUUUGGACAGCAGCCAUCAUCUGGUGGGAGUCUGUUUGGUUCAAGUUCAGCCAAUACAGCAGGCUCAACUACUGCUGGAGGGUUCUUCAGUGGCCUUGGAGGUAAACCGAGUGAAGACGCUGCCAACAAGAACCCAUUUGGCACCGCUGCCGCCACUGGAGGGUUUGGGCAGCCUACUCAGACAGGUUCUAACAGUCUGUUUGGGAAUAGUGGUGCCAAGACGUUUGGUUUUGGACAGUCCUCCUUUGGUGAGCAGAAACCUAGUGGAACCUUCAGCACUGGUGCAGGGAGUGUUGCAGCCCAGGGAUUUGGCUCCUUCUCUACUCCAACAAAACCAGGUGGCUUUGGUACUGCUCCAGUGUUUGGGAGUCCCCCUUCCUUUGGUAGUUCCCCAGCAUUUGGUGGUGGAGCAUCAUUUGGCUCAAGCCCUUCCUUUAACAACAACAUGGGUCCCUCAGCUGGUAAAGUGUUUGGAGAGGGAACAGCAGCUGCCAACAUGGGAGGAUUUGGGUUUGCCUCACCUCCCAGCGCCCCGUCCUUUGGUGCUCUAGCCAAUCAGAACCCUCCGUCAUUCGGGGGCCUGGCUCAGCAGGGCUCUGGGUUUGGAAGUCAGCCCAGCAGCUUCUCAGGCUUUGGACAACAGCCACAGGCAGGAGCAUUCUCUGGAAACACCUUCGGGUCUGCAAACCAAUCAAGUCCUCAAACAUUUGCCAGUUGGAGAAGCUAGUUUUAUUAAACCUCCAUGAGCUAGACGUCACUGCUACCGUACUCUCUGCAAUCAAGCUCUUUGUGCCACACAAUGGGUGGAGGGGAAGGGGGAAGAUUGUGUUGCAUUUGGGUUAAAGCGGUAAAUAACGUGAAUUAUUAUUUUUUAUUAUUUUGUAGAAAUCGUUUUCAAGCAGCUUGCAGAGUGCAGUUCAUUCUCUACAGAUAUAUGUAUUAAUUUGGGAAGUUUAUGUAUUUUCUGAUCUUAGUAUUUUCUUAGGACACAGGAGAAUUGAGUAUUGACAUACAUACAUGCAGAAGGCGGGUUAGUGUGAGGUACCUAGAAACCGAUUUUCUACAAUGUUUUUGAAAAUUAUAGAAAACUGAACUGAUUUUUUUUAUAAACAGGUUCAUGACCUUCUUCAGAAAAAGUAGUACAUUUUGUGUCCAGCAUUUUAGGCUUUACGUCUGAACGUUUCACUCUUUCAUUGAAUUAUGUGAAAUGGUGUUCUCAGAGUGGCUAUAUGAAUUAAAAUUCAGUCCAGUCGUGUCUGUCAGUACAGUCAUGAACAAAUGGCAAAAAUGUACAUCCAUGUAGAAUGUACCAAAAUUAAACAAACCCAACAUUUUGAACUGUAAUAAAAAAGAAUGUGGUUUGAGAUGAAGAAAAAAAGUUUUAUAUUUUACUUUUCAAAUGAUUUUUGCAGUAAACCCCCGCUUGAUGUAUAUUUUUACAUAAAAAAAGUGGAAAUAAACGAAAUUUCUCCAACAAA